GCAAAGAAGGGGAAGUGUCGCCCUUGUUGGUGCUGUUUGGACUACUUUGACAUCUUUUUACGCACGGUCUUUGGAUUCACCACCUUUUUUACACAUAGCACGGCCUCAACAGACUCCUCAGCCAUGUCGGAGGACCUGAGCUCCCAACCGUGGUCCAUCAACAAAGAUGAUUAUGAGCUACACGAGGUGAUUGGGAGUGGAGCCACCGCAGUGGUUCAAGCAGCCUACUGUCUACCACGCAAGGAGAAGGUGGCCAUCAAACGCAUCAACCUAGAGAAGUGCCAGACUAGUAUGGACGAACUCUUGAAAGAGAUUCAGGCCAUGAGCCAGUGCCACCACCCCAACAUUGUGUCUUACUACACCUCAUUCGUAGUGAAGGACGAGCUGUGGCUGGUCAUGAGGCUGCUCGGUGGCUCAGUGUUGGACGUCAUCAAGCAUAUCAUCUCGCGAGGCGAGCACAAGACAGGCGUCCUGGAUGAGUCCAGCAUAGCAACCGUGUUGAAAGAUGUGCUUGAGGGUCUGGAGUACCUACACAAGAACGGGCAGAUCCACAGAGAUCUUAAGGCUGGAAACAUUCUUCUUGGGGAUGACGGUUCAGUGCAAAUUGCAGACUUUGGUGUCAGUGCCUUUCUAGCCACAGGUGGUGACAUGACUCGAAAUAAAGUGCGCAAGACGUUUGUGGGAACACCAUGCUGGAUGGCCCCAGAGGUCAUGGAGCAGGUGAGGGGUUAUGAUUUCAAAGCAGAUAUUUGGAGUUUUGGGAUCACAGCCAUCGAGCUCGCUACAGGGGCUGCACCUUAUCACAAGUAUCCGCCAAUGAAGGUAUUGAUGCUGACACUGCAGAAUGACCCUCCUACCCUGGAGACUGGAAUCACAGACAAGGAGAUGGUAAAGAAAUAUGGAAAGUCCUUCAGAAAGAUGAUCUCCCUGUGUCUACAGAAGGAUCCGGAGAAAAGGCCAACAUCCUUAGAGUUGUUGAAGCAUAAAUUCUUUCAGAAAGCGAAGACCCAUGAAUAUUUACACGAGAAGUUACUUCAGAGAGCGCCCACAAUAACAGAGAGGUCGAAAAGGGUACGUCGAGUGCCAGGUUCCAGUGGUCGGCUGCAUAAAACAGAGGACGGCGAAUGGGAGUGGAGUGAUGAUGAGCUGGAUGAGGAAAGUGAAGAAGGCAAAGCAGCUGUUGCUGCCUUAAGGUCACCAAGAGUGAAGGAGGGAUCACAGAAUUCAGAGGUUUUCCAGAGUCCUGAGCCUUUAAGUAGUCAACAACAACUCCAGCCUCCUGUCGCAGGUCAGGCAGAACUACCUCAAGCUGCGGGCCAGGCUCCACUGCAGCCCACACCACAAAACACUCAAUCCACUUUCCAGGCUGCAUCUCCCACACCAGGCGUACCUGCUGCUGCUGCCGCUGCUGCUCCCACACAGGCUCCAGCUGCCUCAGGCGAUGUUAAGGCUCCCAUUAGUUUGGUAUUAAGGUUAAGAAAUUCAAAGAAGGAGCUAAAUGACAUCCGCUUUGAAUUCAUGCCAGGGAGAGACACAGCAGAUGGUGUGUCCCAGGAGCUGGUGUCAGCAGGCCUAGUGGACGGGAGGGACUUAGUAAUAGUUGCUGCAAAUUUGCAGAAAAUAGUUGAUGAGCCUCAAGCCAAUAAAAAUGUCACUUUCAAACUGGCUUCUGGAAUUGAGGGAUCUGAAAUACCAGAUGACGUCAAAUUGAUGGGCUUUGCUCAGCUCAGCAUUAGUUAAACUGUUGUUCUACCUGGGACCGUGACUUGCCUAAAAAAUGUGAAAAUAAUAAAAAAAAAUAGUUUAAUGCAUUUUUUUCUUUCUAUGGCUGUAAAGAAACCACUACUGCCAAAGAAAACAGUACCGUUUGGUCACCCAUAGGAUCAUACAACGCCGCCUUGCUGAGUUAGGUGGUGGGCUGAAGUAUCAGAGCGUACAGUGUAAGGAUCACUCAAAAAAAAGUUUACAGUGUAUAUGUAGAAGGAUGCAAGUAUCUGCAACAAACAGUUUCCAUUUAACAUCCUGAUCUCCUUCAUCCUGUUCUUUUUUUCUCUCUAAUAUAUGAUGCAUUUGCACAAUCUGAACUAACGCCCUUGAAUCCUGAUAAGUAUAACAAUGCCUUAUAGUCAUCAGAACUACUGAAUGCACGUUUUGGGGGGGUCCCCAGUUACCAUAUGGAGCAUUAUGUUGUCUGAAAUGUGCAAAUGUGGUUUCAGUUGCUAAUGUCAAACUUUUUACUUUACUACAAAAGGAACUUACGAAGUCAACUAGAAUCUGAACUUUAGAUACACUUUGUGUCCUGAUGUGAUGUGAUCUCAGGUGGCCAAAUAUAAAUUAUUUUUCCAGAUUGAUGUGAACUCUCUCCUAAUAAUAACAAGCCUUAAAGGAUAGGGCUAUUGAUUAUCUACAUUUUUGCUUGUGUCAGCAAA